CCCACGCACACGUGCAAUUCCUGACUGUCAAUUUAUGAUCAGCACCAUGUCAAGCACAUCGGCACCGGCAGAGACGCCUAGGACGUCAGGGAAAUUUUUUAUCAGCUGUCGCAUAGUGCCAAUGGAUCAAUUUUUCACAACGCAUAUAGACAAAUCCUGGUCAAUACCGGAGCUCAAAAUCCAUUUGUUAUCUAAAGCAUUAGGGCCUCCUGCUCCACGUCCACCGGGGUUCACCGUCGCACAGGCCACUGAACAAGAAUCACACAAGGGCGGCAGUCCAGUUCGCGUACCUCCCAAUCUCAAAGUCCAGGUGCCUAUCAAAAAGCCAAGCCGUUCUCCCUCAAACGCUUCCCAACGUGGAAAAAUAUCCAUCAUCACUGUUCCUCCCAAAUCUCCGACUUCCUCCCAGCCCUCUUCUUCGCAACCUUCCCCGAGAGCAAUUUCAUUCGCCCACGAUUUCUCCACUUCGCCACAUCGGCAAUAUUCAUCCAUGGCAGUUCCUCCUGCCUCCCCCGUACUCGAAGACUCAGACGAAUCUGGCUCUCUUGUCUUUGCUGACGACCCAGACUAUGAUUGGACGUCUGCAAAUGACCAUGAACUGGAAUCUCCGAUAGAUAGCCCAGUGUCCCCAAUUUCUGACCGUCACGCACCCCUGAUCGUGGUUUUGCGCCAUUAAAAGGGUCCCUUUCGAUGGGUUCCAAUGAAAGGACUCUUGAUGAAACCGCAAUGCGCGUAUACUUCAGAAAUCCUGCAUAUCCGUCCGCUAUAACUUCACACGCAGGACUCCAAGCGGGGCCUUCAUCCUCAAUUCCUAAAAAGGGAACCGCGCCAGAAUCAUUGGUGGCCGACAUCCUAGCUUUGUCAUCCGAGCAGCUAGAGGAACAAAGAUCCAAUCAGUGGACUGUAUACAGCUUUUCGAUGCAGUG